AUGGUUGUUAAAAAUCUGCCUAAUGAUGGGGAAUUGUCUAUGAGUGAGGUCUUUACGCCUCCGGACGAAUGCUCGAAGAGCUGGACUUUCGAGCCUGCCUACUAUAACAGUGCCAAAGGAGGCCUUCUCAUGCAAAAUGCCGUGACGACUGGAAACAACGACUGCUUCCCCUCUGGAUUUAGGAACAUGGGUCGAGUCGAAGGACACCAAAUCUAUAGCCCAGGAUACUGUGCCGAAGGGUAUACCUCUGCAGGGUUGAAUUUCGACGGGUCAACAACAACUGCCGUGUGCUGUCCUUCAAAUUUUGCCUACUACACGAUCCUCACGACUCCAAAUGGGUACGACAGCACAAUGGUGUUCGCCGGGUGCACUAGCACCUAUCCUGCUAGCAGCCCGGCAACGACUGUACUGGCCCGCACAGCGGUUACCGACACGACGACAAGUGCAGUUAAAGGACCGGUUACCAUGUGGGCACAGCCAAUGACGAUAGCAUUCGCGGAGAGCGAUCUCUCGCUCUUCGUUACGAGCUCUCCAACACCAACAUCUACCUCCAGACCCGAUUCCGGUUCCAUCGAGACAGUGUCCAGCGAUGGUCCCAAAUCAGCCACCGCUACUCCAGAUGCCCCAGCAGCCACGGAAUCUUCAUCAUCAUUAUCAACCGGAGCAAAGGCAGGAAUUGGCAUCGGCGUUGGUGGCGCAGCUGUCAUUAUAAUCAUCCUCCUAUCGUUGUGGUUCUACAAGUCACGACAAAAGAAAAGCAAUGCCCGGGUUGCCACCGAACACAACCCUUAUAUGCCAGAGCUGUCCGCACCGCCGUAUCGUCGCUCCGUCAGUGAGCUACCAGGCUUCGCCUCCCCGCGAGGGUAUAUUCCAGAAAUGGAGGAUCCCGGUUCCAAGCCGAGUAGGUACGCCGGCACAAGGUUCGAACUAGCCGGUUGA